CUUAAAAUAUCUUUUUUUAAAUUAGGUUUUGGCCAGGAGGAUGUCACGGGAGAUGCUCAGUUAUGGCAAACAAAGUGCGUUCCUGGUGGUUUUAUUGGUAAAAACUUUUCAAACGUUGGCAUGUCCUGAUCUUUGUGAGUGUUCGAUUGCAAAAGUGGAUUGCAAUGGAAAACGUUUUUACUUUAUUCCGGAAACCAUGGACCAUAAAACAGACAGCAUAUUACUGGCCUUCAAUGAAAUAUCUAGCGUUCAAUCGAUGGCUUUCUCAGCGUUCCAUCUUCUUACACACCUGGAGCUGCAGAACAACCUCCUGUCCAGAAUACACAGGAAUGGCUUCCACGGCCUGCGCAACCUGAGCUACCUCGACUUGAGCAGCAACCGACUAACGUCCAUUACGCCCGAUGUUUUUACCCCCCUGUCCAGGCUGACCAAACUCAACCUGGGAAACAACCAGCUCUCCCAGCUGCCUGCAAAUAUCCUGCUGCCGUUAGUACAUUUGCAAAGCCUUUAUUUGUACAAUAAUGCCCUGAACGGGCUCCAGGUCGAGGUCUUGACCUGCGCUCCAGCGCUAACAGAACUGCGACUGGAUGGGAACCCCUGGGCCUGUACCUGUCAGAUUCAACACAUGGUGUCUUGGAUGAUCGAGAACGGGCAAAUAAUGAAAGGUAAGCGGUGUUAUUAAGGUGAUAGAAUCGCAUUAUAUAGAGAUCAUUUUGCAAGCCCUCCCCUCUUUUCAGUCUGUGUGGAAAGAUGACCAAUUACUGGGAGGGCUUUGAUUUUAAGCCACUUCCAAGUGUGCGUGCUCGGCCCCAGGGGGCAGGGGUGCUGAGGUACACUGAGCUCCAUGGACGCUCGCUCACAGACUCACCGUGACUUGGGGGAGAAGGCAGACACGCUCUAACAGCAUCGGAAAGUUAACCUGCAUGCCGGGGGAGGGGGAGAGAGGAGGGGGUCUCUGCAAAUAUUUAUAAAAGUGUAAAUUUCAAACAGAAAUCAGCACUUUUAUAACUUGCAAUUAUGAGUGUACACUGAUCAGCCAAAACAUUAAACCUACUUCCUGGUGAAGUGAAUAACAUUGAUUAUCGUUACAAUGGCCCCUGUCACGGGGUGGGAUAUAUUAGGCAGUAAGUGAACAGUCGCUUCUUGAAUUUCACGUGUUGGAAGCAGGAAAAAUGGGCAAGUGAGACCAUCUGGGUGACUUUGACACGUAUCACCUACCUAGAGAUAGUUGCAGACACUCCUUAAUGGCAAUAGUGUUACCUUGGCCUCCAAAUUCCCCAGCACUCAAUCAGAUUGACCAUCUGUGGGAUGUGCUCAAAACAACAAAUUGGAUCCAUGGAGGUCCCACCUCGCAACUUGCAGGAAUAAAGGAUCUGCUGCUAAUGUUUUGGUGCCUGAUCCCACAGGACACGUUCAGAGGUUUUGGAGUCCCUGCCUCGAUGUAUAAGAGCUGUUUUGGAAGUACGAGGGGCCCUACAUGAUAUUAGGCAGGUGGAUUUAAUGGCGUGGCUGAUCAGUGAACCCUGAGAAAGCUGGCGUGCUUUAUGUGUGCCGAGUGUCCCUUUAAAUAAUACUUUGAGGUGUGAUACAGGGACCACGAUAAAGAGCAGUCAGCGAUUUAUAGACCUAUAUACAGGAUAUUACAGAGAAAUAGCAGUAUUUUGUUUCAAUUCUUCCAUAGUGAUCAUUCUUUGAUCAUAUAAUCACAAUCACAAUGUGGGCUAUGAGUGGGUUCUGUGAGUGUGGGCUUUGAGUGGGUUCUGUGAGUGUGGGCUAUGAGUGGGUUCUGUGAGUGUGGUCUAUGAGUGUGGGCUGUGAGUGGGGGCACUCUGAGUGGGUUCUGUGAGUGGGGGCACUCUGAGUGUAGUCUAUGAGUGAGGGCUAUGAGUGUGGGCACUCUGAGUGGGUUCUGUGAGUGGGGGCACUCUGAGUGUGGUCUAUGAGUGUGGGCACUCUGAGUGUGGUCUAUGAGUGAGUUCUAUGAGUGUGGUCUGAGUGAGUUCUAUGAGUGGGGGCUGUGAGUGAGUUCUAUGAGUGUGGGCUAUGAGUGAGUGCUAUGAGUGGGGGCUGUGAGUGGGGGCACUCUGAGUGUGGGCACUCUGAGUGUGGGCUAUGAGUGAGUUCUAUGAGUGUGGGCUAUGAGCGUGGGCUCUGAGUGGGAGCACUCUGAGUGAGUUCUAUGAGUGUGGGCUAUGAGUGUGGGCACUCUGAGUGGGUUCUGUGAGUGAGUUCUAUAAGUGGGUUCUUUAUCUCUAUAAAUGUAAAGCGCUGCGGUAUAUGUUGGCGCUAUUAAUAAUAAUAAUAAUAAUAAUGUUUGCUCUCUCUGAUUCUGUAAAAUAAGAUGAAAAUUCAAAUCAGUGAAAUUAAUUCUUUAUUUUCUAGAAACCAGCAGGACCCUGUGUGAGAGUCCCAGAUCCCUGAAUCACUUUCCAGUCCUGGAGAUAACGCGGGAAUCCUUCCGCCGCUGCCGGGACUACAUUCCGCUGUCUGACUCUCUGUACAUUCUGCUAACUGGCAUUGCACUAUUUACUAGCAGUAUUGUCCUCUGCUUUCUAGCGGGUUCCCUGACUGUCUGCUAUGAACGCGUGCUAAUCUCCAUCCGCCAGCGACCGCGCGUCUACAAACCCGCCAAAACGCAGGAAAACAUUAUCAUUGCAAAUCCUUCCGCAGGAUGGGUUAUAUAGACUGACUGGCCCCAUGACAGGCUCCACAGCUCAAACCCCUCACCGAAUAAAUAAACCUCCAACUGGCUCAAACCCCUCACCGAAUAAAUAACCCUCCAACUGGCUCAAACCCCUCACCGAAUAAAUAACCCUCCAACUGGCUCAAACCCCUCACCGAAUAAAUAACCCUCCAACUGGCUCAAACCCCUCACCGAAUAAAUAACCCUCCAACUGGCUCAAACCCCCCACCGAAUAAAUAAACCUCCAACCGGCUCAAACCCCUCACCGAAUAAAUAAACCUCCAACUGGCACAAACCCCUCACCGAAUAAAUAAACCUCCAACCGGCUCAAACCCCUCACCAAAUAAAUAACCCUCCAACUGGCUCAAACCCCUCACCGAAUAAAUAAACCUCCAACUGGCUCAAACCCCUCACCGAAUAAAUAACCCUCCAACUGGCUCAAACACCUCACCGAAUAAAUAACCCUCCAACUGGCUCAAACACCUCACCGAAUAAAUAAACCUCCAACUGGCUCAAACCCCUCACCGAAUAAAUAACCCUCCAACUGGCACAAACCCCUCACCGAAUAAAUAACCCUCCAACUGGCUCAAACCCCUCACCGAAUAAAUAAACCUCCAACUGGCUCAAACCCCUCACCGAAUAAAUAACCCUCCAACUGGCUCAAACACCUCACCAAAUAAAUAAACCUCCAACUGGCUCAAACCCCUCACCGAAUAAAUAACCCUCCAACUGGCUCAAACCCCUCACCGAAUAAAUAACCCUCCAACUGGCUCAAACCCCUCACCGAAUAAAUAAACCUCCAACCGGCUCAAACCCCUCACCAAAUAAAUAACCCUCCAACUGGCUCAAACCCCUCACCGAAUAAAUAAACCUCCAACUGGCUCAAACCCCUCACCGAAUAAAUAACCCUCCAACUGGCUCAAACCCCUCACCGAAUAAAUAAACCUCCAACUGGCUCAAACCCCCCACCGAAUAAAUAAACCUCCAGCUGGCUCAAACCCCUCACCAAAUAAAUAACCCUCCGACUGGCUCAAACCCCUCACCGAAUAAAUAACCCUCCAACUGGCUCAAACCCCUCACCGAAUAAAUAACCCUCCAACUGGCUCAAACCCCUCACCGAAUAAAUAACCCUCCGACUGGCUCAAACCCCUCACCGAAUAAAUAACCCUCCAACUGGCACAAACCCCUCACCGACAACCUCCAACUGGCACAAACCCUCACCAAAUAAAUAACCCUCCCACUGGCUCAAACCUCACCGACAAAUAACCCUCCCACUGGCUCAAACCCCUCACCAAUAAAUAACCCUCCAACUGGCUCAAACCCCUCACCGAAUAAAUAAACCUCCAACUGGCUCAAACCCCUCACCGAAUAAAUAACCCUCCAACUGGCUCAAACCCCUCACCGAAUAAAUAACCCUCCAACUGGCUCAAACCCCUCACCGAAUAAAUAACCCUCCAACUGGCUCAAACCCCUCACCGAAUAAAUAACCCUCCAACUGGCACAAACCCCUCACCGAAUAAAUAACCCUCCAACUGGCUCAAACCCCUCACCGAAUAAAUAAACCUCCAACUGGCUCAAACCCUUCACCGAAUAAAUAAACCUCCAGCUGGCUCAAAUCCUCCAACUGGCUCAAACCCCUCACCAAAUGACGCGGGAGUCACAGUAUGUGGGAUGGGGGGUCACAGCUUGUGGGACACGGGGAGGUCACAGUGUGUGGGACACAGUGUGUGGGACGGGGGUCACAGUGUGUGGGACACGGGGGGGUCACAGUUUGUGGGACAUGGGGGGGUCACAGUGUGUGGCACACAGGGGUGUCACAGUGUGUGAGACACGGGGGGUCACAGUGUGUGGUACAGGGGACGUCACAUUGUGUGGGAAGGGGGGGCGUCACAGUGUGUGGGACAGGGGGGGUCACAGUGUGUGGGACGGGGGGUCACAGUGUGUGAGACGGGGGUCACAGUGUGUAGGAUGUCUGGGACUGGUGGCAGGUUUUAAUUAGUUAUAUUAAGUAUAAUAAAUAAUAUAUUUACAGUUGCAAGAAAAGUAUGUGAACCCUUUGGAAUGAUAUGGAUUUCUGCACAAAUUGGUCAUAAAAUGUGAUCUGAUCAUCAUCUAAGUCACAACAAUAGACAAUCACAGUCUGCUUAAACUAAUAACACACAAAGAAUGAAAUGUUGCCAUGUUUUUAUUGUACACACCAUACCCAGAGCCAUUACCACUACUUAGCAUCACCCAGAGCCAUUACCACCACCUACCACAACCCAGAGCCAUUACCAGCAUCUACCACUACCCAAAGCCAUUACCACAACCUACCACUACCCAAAGCCAUUACCACCCUCUACCACUACCUAUAGCUACCCAAAGCCAUUAACACAACCUACCACAACCCAGAGUCAUUACCACAAUCCAGAGCCAUAACCAGUAUCUACCACUACCCAGAGCCAUUACCAGCACCUGCCGCUACCAGGAGCCAUUACCAACAACUAUUGCUACCCAAAGCCAUUACCAGCAACUACCAUUACCGAUCGCUACACUGAGCCACUACCAGCACCUAUCUCUGCUCAGAGCUAUUACCAACAACUACUGCUACCCAGAGCCAUUACUAGCACCUACUGCUACCCAGAGCCAUUACCAACAACAACUGCUACCCAGAGCCACAACCAGCACCUACAGCUACCGAGAGCCGUUACCAACAAUUACUGGUACCCAGAGCCAUUACCAGCACCUACCACUACCCAGAGACACUACCAGCACCUAUUGCUACUCAAAGCCAUUACCAAAACCUACUGCUACCCAGAGCCAUUACCAGCACCUACCACUACCUAUCGCUAUCCAGAGCCACUACCAGCACCUAUCGCUGCUCAGAGCUAUUACCAACAACUACUGCUACCCAGAGCCAUUACCAGCAACUACCGCUACCCAGAGCCAUUACCAACAACUACUGCUACCUAG